UCCAGCAAGGACCGCGGCCAAGAUGGCGGAAGUGGAGCAGAAGAAGAAACGUACCUUCAGGAAGUUCACCUAUCGGGGUGUUGACCUGGAUCAGCUCCUUGACAUGUCCUACGAGCAGCUGAUGCAGCUCUACAGCACCCGGCAGUGCCGGCACCUGAACCGCGGCCUGCGGCGCAAGCAACACUUGCUCCUGAAGCGCCUGCGCAAGGCCAAGAAGGAGGCACCCCCCAUGGAGAAGACCGAGGUAGUCAAGACCCACCUGCGAGACAUGAUCACCCUUCCGGAAAUGGUGGGCAGCAUGGUGGGCGUGUACAACGGGAAGACCUUCAACCAGGUGGAAAUCAAGCCUGAAAUUAUUGGCCAUUACUUGGGUGAAUUUUCUAUCACUUACAAGCCUGUGAAGCACGGACGACCUGGGAUUGGGGCCACCCACUCGUCUCGGUUCAUUCCUCUGAAAUAAGAGAGACUGGGAAGAA